AAAAAAAUUAUAUAUCAUAUAUAAAUUUUUUAUAAUAGUUUUGUAUAUGAAUCAUGUACUACUCUACAAAUAACUUUAUUAAAUAGAUUUGCGAGAGUAUAACAACUUUCUUAGUAUACAUCCUUUUUAACAUAUUGCUACUAUUUUGUCAUCAGUUGUACCAAUCAAAGCCUAUGUAUAGGUGUAAACUUUGAGGCACACACGAGUAUCCAAUCAAUUAAUUAAAAUUAUGAAUUGAAUAUAUGUAUUUGUCUAUAAUUCUUAGUUACUUAUAAAAUAUUGUUAUUGAUUUUUGUUUCAAAUAUGUUGUGACUAGUUUUAGAAAAAGUACUAAAAAAUAUUAUAUUUUAAAAAGUAUCAUUUAAUAUAUGAAUUCAACUAAUUAUAGAAAGCUCUACAAAAUUUAUUUGGUUAUAUAAUAUCCUAUAAAUGCAAAAAUUGCAUUGAAACGUUAAAAUUACUAAUAUUUGGAAAUAAAAUUUUCUCUAAAAGUACUUAUAUUAUAGAAGAGAGGGAGUAUAUACAUUAGGGUGUGGAUGGCUUUUGUGCUCACGUUUUGGAUAUGGAAGGGAUGAACUGUACGUGAGAAAAGUACGAGGCAACUCCUUGGCACGUGCAGUACCGUAUGAGUAUAUUAGAGCAUGAUUAACCCGAGUUCUUAAUUUAAAAUUUGACAUUUUAUUAUUUUCUAUUUUUUUAUACUUUUCGGUUAAAAACCGGUUCUUAACUUUUAACUAAGAAAAGUUAAGAAACAGUUCUUAGCCGAAGCUAAGAACCCCACCCUAAGAGUCCGGGCUAAUCAUGGUUUUAGUUUUGUGAAUAAAACAAAACUGCGUGAAAAUAUACGAAUCAACCGGCUCUUGAACACAACCGGGGUUGGCCUAAUGGUUUCGUGAUUUUUUUUUUUUUGAUAAGUAUGUGAAUUUCAUUACCAAAGAUAAUGAUACUAGAGAUAUAUUCCGAGCUUGAAGAUCAAAACCUUAUACAUCUAGGAUUAGCUAAUUAAAGCAAGGCUCUUAGGAUUAUGUGAAUUUCGUGAAAUUUCUACUCUUGUUCGAUUUCUGUUGUGUGGGGGAUUAAGCAAUCAGUUUUCUUUUUCUGGCCUUCGGGAUUAGUUGAUUCUAUAACGGUCAGGAUAAUGUGGGUUAUUAAAAAAAAUACACGAAUUAAAUUUAAAAAACUCAAAUACUUACAUACGUAUCCCCAACCUUCUCAUGCACAUAAAGCUAAGGCUGCUAAAUAUAUUCCAUCCAUGUUACGUUUCAUACCAGCUGUUCCAUAUACCAUUCUUUCCUUUUCUCAAUUGUAAAAAGAAAAAUUCUCUAAUAUAAGAGUAAUGUGUUUAAUGUGUAAUAUAUCUCUGGCAUAUCAAGAUUUGGGAUUAAAAAAAGUCGACAUAAAAAUACGGAUUCAUGCUUAAAGAUAACAUUAAAAAAACGUCUCACAGGAAAAUAUAAAGAUUCAUACAAGAAAUCAUUUGUCUCUCUAUGCUAAUGUUUCGAGUAAAGUUAACAAUACCAAACAGAAUAAAAACCAUCGAACCUAUAAAACACCAACCAUCCUAACUCAUCUAAGUGAUAAGACUCUCUUUCUCUUGUUUUUCCUCGUUCUUCUUUGUUCUCAAUAGUUUAAAUUUAAGAAAAUCGAAUAAACCCCUACUAAUUUGAUCCAUGUUGAUUUAUGUUCUUAUUUCAACAAACCAACGAAGAUAGGACCCCAAAAAAGCUUACAAGGAGAGAAACCAUGCGAAAUCUCCAAACCCUUUGUCUCCCGCUGUUGUUUCGUACACUAUUUAUGGUUGGUUUCGUCACUCUUCUUAUGAUCGAUGUGUUUGUAUUACAAAACAAUAACGAAGUCGACAAAACAAAAGAGAUUACUACUGCCGCAACGAUGAACAAUUCCAUUAUACAUGCUAAGGGUGUAAAAGAAGAUCUUGUUGAUGGAUCAAAACAUGGUGAUCUUAGCUACGUUGCAAGCAAAAGAAAAGUUCCUCGUGGACCCGAUCCUAUACACAACAGAUUAUUUAUACGAAUUUUUUGGCCACCAUGUACAUUACGAGAGCAGGAAGUUUAAGACGACCACCGGGAAGAGAAUAAGUACGGUGAAAGCUUGGAGAAGAAGCAGAGAGAAUGAGAGAAGUAUUUGUUGGCAAAAUAGGUUUUGUAAAUGUAAUGCUCCUAGAUUCUCUUUCCCUUUCAUUUGGAAUCGAAUCUUUUAAAGUUGCUCAAAAUAUUUGUCUAAUACACUUCUACUCCAUCCGUUCCUAAAAGAUUUAUGUUUUAAAAUUUUCAUACUUUUUAAUAAAACAUAUUAAAACUUAGCUAUAAAUGCAUAGUUUUUUGUAAUUUUAUAUUUUCUAUAUUUUUAAACCAAUGAGAUUUUAAGAAAUGCAAUUAAUGUUCUUGAACUUUACAAUUUCUCAUUAUUAAUUGAUAAAAAUUACAUUAAAAAUAUAAAAUAUGUAUCUUUUUGAAACAACAGUUUUCUCUAGAAUAUAGAUCUUUUAGAAACGGAUGGAGUAUUUUUUUUUCUUUUAGUAUUUUGUUUUAUUUUUUCUUGCAAAAAAAUACCGUGCUUGCAUUUUUCAUUGCACACAGCUUUCGAUCUUAAGUUAGCCAGAGAAGGUUAAAAAGUAUGUUUUCUCACAUUGCACAGCUUGUAUUUGUGUCUACGUUUAGAUAUUCUAUUUCUUUUCUCACA